CCGGUUUCAGAGCCCCGGGCGGUGUGCGUGCUCGUCCCAGCGGCCGCGCAGGUUCAAAAAUCACAAAUGUCUUCAAAUGAUGGAAGAUCCAGGAAUCGGGACCGGCACUACGAUGAGGUUCCAGGCGAAUUGCCCUAUCAAGAUGGCACCAUAAGAAGUCUCCAGACUCUUCACGACAGUGAGCUGGCCUUGAGCUCUGAUCCUUUACCGCCACCCCCUCUCCCAUUACAGCCACCAUUCGGCCCAGACUUCUACUCAAGUGACACGGAGGAACCAGCCGUAGUGCCGGAUCUUAAACCCGUGAGGCGCUUUGUCCCUGAUUCCUGGAAGAACUUCUUCAGGGGGAAGAAAAAGGACCCAGAAUGGGAUAAGCCGGUGUCUGAUAUCAGAUACAUCUCCGAUGGGGUGGAGUGUUCACCUCCAGCCUCGCCAGCGAAACUAAACCACCGUUCGCCCCCCAACUCCUGCAAAGAUCCCUACGGAGGAGGGUCAGAAGGAACCUUUGAUUCCCAGAAAGAGACUGACGUAAUGUUUCCCGACGACUCCUGUGGAUCUCUAGGCCGACACACACAAACAGCUCGAACGUACAGUGAGAAGGUGGAGGAGUAUAACCUGAGGUAUUCCUACAUGAAGUCCUGGGCAGGCCUGCUGAGAAUUCUGGGCGUAGUAGAGCUGCUUUUGGGGGCUGGUGUCUUCGCUUGUGUCACGGCUUAUAUUCACAAGGACAGCGAGUGGUAUAACCUGUUUGGAUAUUCACAGCCCUACGGCAUGGGAGGUGUUGGUGGCCUGGGCAGUAUGUAUGGGGGCUAUUACUACAGUGGCCCCAAGACCCCUUUUGUACUCGUCAUUGCUGGAUUAGCUUGGAUCACCACCAUUAUUAUUCUGGUUCUUGGCAUGUCCAUGUAUUACCGGACUAUUCUUUUGGACUCUAAUUGGUGGCCCCUAACUGAAUUUGGAAUUAAUGUUGCCUUGUUUAUCCUGUAUAUGGCUGCAGCCAUAGUCUAUGUGAAUGAUACCAACCGAGGUGGACUCUGCUACUAUCCAUUAUUUAAUACGCCGGUGAAUGCAGUGUUCUGCCGGGUAGAAGGAGGACAGAUAGCUGCAAUGAUCUUCCUGUUUGUCACCAUGAUAGUUUAUCUCAUUAGCGCUUUGGUUUGUCUAAAGUUAUGGAGGCACGAGGCAGCUCGGAGACAGAGAGAAUAUAUGGAACAACAGGAGAUAAAUGAGUCAUCAUUGUCAUCAAAAAGGAAAAUGUGUGAAAUGGCCACCAGUGGUGACAGACAAAGGGACCCAGAAAUUAAUUUCAAAGAAUUAAAAUACCCUGUGAUUCAGACAGAUGAUGAGCGAGAACGGUAUAAAGCUGUGUUCCAAGACCAGUUUUCGGAGUACAAGGAGCUGUCUGCAGAAGUUCAAGCUGUCUUGAGGAAGCUUGACGAGCUGGAUGUGGUGAUGAGCAGAUUGCCACAUCGUUCAGAAAACCAGCAGGCGGCAGGACUCCCGGGAGAGCGAGCCAGAGCGCCGAGGAGCCAGUCCCCGGAGCAGCAGGUGGGACUAGCCAGCGCGGGGCCGCGGGCCUCCGGCACCCCUCCACCCGGCCUGGAGUUGGUGCGCAUGCCCGGGGGCAGGGCGGCCGGGGUGGGGAGAAGGAGGAGGGCUGAGUCCCCAGCCCUGUCCUUAGCUGCUAGCUGGCCGUCCGCGCGGCGUCUGGCGCGCCGGCCAGGUGCGGUGAGUGGGUGGGAGUCGGGCGCGGUGCCAGGGGCGCACGGUAGCCUGAGAGUCCCUGCGGGGGGACUGCGUCGCCUGUGGCCGGUGGGGGAGGCGCGGGCGGAGGACGCUCGGCGCUGGUUUCGGUGGCGGUUUCGCCUGAGGGCUGGGGCUCGCGGGAACCGAGAGGCGCGGGUCCGCGGAGAGCAGCGCCGAGUGACUUGGGAGGCUGCCUUCCGGGGCGAGGGGAGACUUGGAACCGCCGAUGUGCUUUAUUCCCGGGAAAGGCUUAAAGCUACCAGUGCCCAGGCGUCGCGGACAACUUUUCGCUUUUAUGGGAGCGGGAGAUCAGUGAGCAGCGAGAAUCUUGCCAUCAGCUCUGGGGCUGCAGUUUUUGUGGUCUUCAAGGGGGGGGAUUGUUGCGCCCGGCUCCUGGGGGGGUCCUGUCCCGAGGGCUGGAGCACAUGA